UAUAACCACGUAAUGCCAGUCGGAUUCGGGCAGCGAUCUAGUGCGGAAUACACCCAUUAAGAGCCAACAAAUUAUGGCCGGAGUACGGAUGGUAAUCGCCUUUAUCAUUUGGCUCAAAUUGUGCCUCAUGAUUUACCUGAUAAACACCCAUCAAACUAUUUCUGUGGAAUCCAUCAUGCGGGACUAUACAUCAGUUAGCAACGAAGAACACCUCAUGGAUUUCGUUAAUUUUUCCUAUAUAAUGGAACAGCCACCUUGCGAAAUGGAAACCAAAGGACUAAUCUUUGUUCAUUCUGCUCCGAAAAAUUUCGAAAAACGUGCCUUGAUACGUGAGACAUGGGGUAGUGCUGAUUCCAUUGAGCAAUCGCCACUUCGUAUAAUUUUUGCACUGGGAAAAGUUGAAAGUGAUAUCGUCCAGUCCACAUUGGAGAAUGAACAAACUCUGUUUGGUGACCUGAUGCAGGGGAAUUUUUUGGAUGGCUACUUCAAUGUUACCUACAAGCAUGUGAUGGGUCUGAAAUGGUUUCAUACUCACUGUGAAAGUGCCAAACUUUUGAUAAAAGUGGAUGAUGAUAUAUUUGUAAACACCGGAGAACUCAUUGAGAACCUCUUAGAGCCGACCACCAAUAACCGGACCUUGGAUAUUAUCCUUCAACAAAGAGACAAUUUAUUGUUUUGUAGCUUAAAGAAUCACGAUCCAGUGGCCCGAAGCUAUCGAUCCAAGUGGCGAGUGAGUUAUAAGGAGUAUUCAGAUGCAUUCUAUCCAGCCUUUUGUCCCGGCUUUGCAAUAGUCUACACCCCCGAUACGGUGAGAAGGCUUUACGAAGAGGUCCAGAAAUCGCCCUACUUUCGCUUGGAUGACGUUUACAUAACCGGCAUUAUGUCUAAUCGAACGAAUAUCACGAUUACGGACCUCAGUCCCUUUGUGCUUUUUCCAAACCAAAUGAAUGCUCUUCUGGAAGGGGUAGUGCCCGUGAGUGCCAUGCAAUUUCUGGUUUCCCAUCACAAUAUUAACCCCAUGCAGAUGAGAUCACUCUGGGCCCUUGUUUGAGCCGAAGAUGCUUGCGGACAUCUCAGUCCCCCCCAAUUGCAAUCUCCAAUUCAUGGCAAGUCAAGUACACAACUCGCUUCGUAUUGGCCCACUCCAACAUAAAUCACAGACGAUGGCCCCGCAGGGCACGAGGGCCAACUGGCUCUUGACAUUGUUUACCUCAUCAGUUUCUGGAGGCUCCAGAAUGCCGCCGGCUGAAUGGGCAGUAGCUGGAAAUCGAGCCUGAAACUACCGCACAUAUUUUUGACUGAUGUUCUCGGGGCCAAAAACCCUCGUCCUUUGUUGCCGGCCUUUGUUUUUUGGCCAUUCGGAACGGAAGCUGUUGCUGGCUUUUGAUGGAUGCGUUGCAGCAGCUGUUUUGGCCAACAAUGAAGCCGGACGGAGCUGAAUGAAAAGCCAAUCUGGUAUAUGGGGUGUGAUGCAUUAUCUAAACGGACACUCAAGUUCAUAUUUCCUAGACUAAGUGAACUUGAAAAGCAGAGUAUCCAAGCAGACUUCAAUCUCAAUCAGUUCCUAUCAGUAUUAUACUUUUCUCAUUUGUAAGAAAUAACUUAAAUUUUGUUCAAAUUUUAAUAUAUUAAAGACAUUAAAAAUUUUGAAAA